AUGACUUCUGUUGCCCUUCGGCUCCUCGUUCUAGGUUUGGACAAUGGUGGAAAAAGUACAUUUGUGACCAGGUUGUUUGGGGAGGACAUCGAGAAGACUCGCCCGACUGUUGGCUUGGUAAUUCGGACUAAGACACAUAUUGUUGAUGAUGUAAUUAUAGACGUCGAUUACUGGGACGUGGGGGGCCAGGAAUCCCUCCGGAGACACUGGCAUAAUAUUUACCACAAGGGAGACGCGGUGGUGUGGGUCAUCGACUCCAGUGACGUGGAACGGAUGGAAACGUGCUUUGACCAGCUGAAACUCACUGCAGCCGCCAUCCGAUCCAAGUCGUUAGGCUUUCUUGUGGUUUGCAACAAGCAAGACCUACCCACCGCUCUGAGUGUAUCAGACAUUCGCCAAGUAAGCACACUGGCUGUCGCUGGCCGCCACCGUAUACCAAACGUAAGCGGAACCACGGUCUUCAUGGAAGGCUGCUCCGCCGUCCUUAUGAGCCCAGACGACCUUGACCAAAUAAUACGAAAGUUCAUCAAGACAUUCUUGCCGUCCCUGCCAAUAAUGGAGAGUCGACUAGUACUUCCCCAAACCCUCUAUACAAACCAAGCUCUUGAAAAUGGGGAGAAAAAGAUACAAGCAGCCAUCGACUGGAACCGUCCAAUCCAACUACCUGAAAUUGACUUCAGAUUCACGGCGCUCGAAAAACUCUGCCAAGCCACGCAUACCACCACCAGUUAA